AGGCAAGGGGUCCAGGUCAGAGUUUAGAGCUUUCAAAUUCCAACUUGCCCCUGGGGAUUGCGCGGCUGAUGUUUAAAUCGCCUAGUCAAGCCAACCGGCUGGCUCUUGUUUCAGCAAACCCUGACUUACGUCUCCUGUUUGACUUGAGGCGGCACAGUGGCCAAGUCGAUUGGCCGUGGCAAGUGACCCUCCCUGUGGCUGAAGUGUUCUGAGGACUGGCGAGAGAGGCGCGCCAUGCUUGCCCCCUGCUCAGGUUGGGAGCUUGGCUGCUUCCGUCUCUGUUUCCGUCAGGUCCGACUGUGGGCUGGCGCUGGGCGCUGGGCUUGCUGGGCUUGCCAAGCCAGGCCGUACAGCUCAGGUGGGGGCGAGCGCUGGCCCGGAUCGGAGACUGAGGUCCCUCCGCCUGGCCCGGCGCGCCGAACUCUAAAGGAGUGGACACUGCAGGUGAGCCCGUUUGGUCGGCUGCGGGCGCGGCUCCCGUGCCACCUGGCCGUGAGGCCCCUGGACCCCCUCACCUACCCGGAUGGCGACCGCGUGCUGGUCGCGGUGUGCGGCGUGGAGGACGGCGUGCGGGGCCUGGACGGCCUGCAGGUGAAGUACGACGAGGAUCUGGAGGAGAUGGCCAUUGUGUCUGAUACUAUCCACCCCCAGGCGUCCGUGGAGGUGAAUGCGCCCCUGAAGUUUGGUUUAGAUAUCAAGUCAUCAGGGUCUGGCUGUGUAAAAGUUCAAAGUAUUGAGUGUGAUAAUUGCAAAAUUGAAACAGAGCAUGGGACUAGCAUCUUGCAGUCUGUUAAGGGUCAAAAAUUGCAUGUUCAAACAAAAGGAGGCAAAGUGAUCUGUCUGGGAACAGUUUAUGGAAAUAUAGAUAUUCAUGCAUCAGAUAAAAGUGCUGUGACCAUAGAUAAACUGCAGGGAAGUUCUGUUACUGUAUCUACCGAAGAUGGUUUGCUGAAAGCCAAGUAUCUUUAUACAGAAUCAUCAUUUCUGUCUUCUGCUGCUGGGGAUAUUACAUUAGGAAGUGUUCAUGGUAAUAUAACAUUACAAAGCAAGAUGGGUAACAUCACAGUAGAUUCGUCUUCUGGAUGUCUAAAAGCCUCAACUAAUCAGGGUGCCAUACAUGUUUAUGUCAGCCAACUGGGGAAAGUGGAAUUGAAAUCCCAUAAAGGUUCUAUUAUUGUCAAGGUCCCAUCUUCACUUCAAGCUCAUUUGCAGUUAUCAGGGAAAGAGGUUGAUGUGAACUCAGAAGUCCAUGUUCAGGAAAUGGCUGAAGCUUGUAAAGAUGAUGUUGUAACAGUGACUGGACUCAUGAAUCAAGCAAGCAAACGUGAAAAAUGGAUUAAGGCUGAUGCCCCAAAAGGCACUAAAAGAACUAACGUUGGAGAAAGUAAUUAAAGCCAGAUCCUAAAAGUCAAUACAUCUGAGGCUCCAGACACUGACUCUGCAUGUGCUGUGGUUUCCACUAAACACUAAAAUGAGGUAAUUUUUUAUUCUUAUUAUGUUCACAACUCUUGCAAAACCUAACCAGGGUAAAAAAUUUAUUCAUUUUUCUCAUUAAGCGAAUUAUGUAGUGUGUAAGUUUUCAAUGUCUUGUGCUAAAAACAGAAUCUCUCCUAUAGUUACCUUUUCUAAGUAACGAGAGAGCAUUCUUUAUAAAGUGCAGAUAAUCUAAACAUCUCAAUUUACUCACUUUAUUUUAUUCUCUUUCCUUCUCUUUUUAAAUCCAGGUAAGGAAUUGUGAAAUUAGUUUGUAAGUCACUUUCUCCUCCCCCGGCUUUGUCUGUUCCCUUUUGGGACUUAAUAAUUGGGCUGGAGGAGGCAAGGGGAAAGAUUACCACAUGCCCAGAAGUAUGAAUCUUGGAAGAGGUAAAACUGGUUAAAAGCCACAACACAGACACACACGUACCAAAAGCAGGGAGGAGAAAAAGAAGGAUGAGAAAUGAUGAAAAAGAAAAAUUUCAGGGUUGAGGGUGAGGGGAGGGAACUCAGAGUACAGGUCAAUAGGUGCAGCAAACCACCAUGACACACGCAUACCUAUGGAACAAACCUGCAUGUUCUGCACAUGUAUCCUGUUUUGUUUUGUUUUUUUAGAAAAAAAAAAAGAAAAAUUUAUUGUUCAUGAAUUUGAGUAGAACAACUAAUCUUUUAGAUUACUGAAAAUAAAUACAUGUCAGUUUGUAAAAGAUUAAAUUGUUUUAAAGAUAUGCCAGAACUCAGCUGUAUGGUCAUAUAGUUACCAAAUGGGUAAAUGCUUUCAUCUACAAUCUCAGAGCACCUAAAAAUAGUACAAUUUUUAGGCUCCAAAGAGUGAAAAGAAAAAUGUCUGGACCCCAUAGAAUCAAAAAAGAAUGACAGAAAACACUGGUCUCCUGAUACUUAACAUCAAACUUUGGCCAAUACUCCUUCAUCCCAAGGAUGAGAGGAGCAUCUAAAACUUAAUCAAUAAUAUACAUUAAGAGGCUAUGUCAUCACCAUGGUAGCUUUCAAUACUUCUAAAUGAUUUCUAGUUAUUGGUCAAAUAUAAUUGGUCACCAUAUGAGAAAUAUAACCCAGUAUUAAAAAUGUUAAUAUUUUAAACUGUUUUGUCUAGUCUAUCACCUUGUCAAAGAUCUUUUGAAAGCCUGACUAUAUCAUAUUCAUAGAUAAAACUUUGUAUAAAUGCAUGUUUAACCCUUAAGUUAAUUGCAGCAGGUAAAUCAUGGCUUAACUUUAGAGGAAUCUUUCAACUUUUUCUCUUAGUAGGUUACAUACAUCUAAAUGAUUUGUAACCCUUUUUGUUAUUAAAGAGUUACAAUAUUUCCAAUAUGGAAUUUUCUAGUCCUCUCUGGGAUAUUUGUUUUGUGUCCGUUUAUUUAACUCUGCACUAUUAAAUAUACUACCAGGCAGAUUUCUUAGGGACUUCUUAGAACAUUAGUAUCCCUGGUCUAAAAUUGGGGGAAAUUGACAUUAUGUGACACUAAUGCUCCUUAAAGCAGAUUCCCUUAAGUAUGAUUACAUUGUUCCCAGUGAGAAACAGCAGACCCAGUGAGAAACAGCAAAAAUAAUUUGAAAACGUUUUUUUCUCACUAAGCUGUCAAACAACCAUUCAGAACAGCAGUUCUCCGUUUCUACCUUUCAUUUCCAUAAAACUGUUACUGAAUUAGUUUGCUGAGAAGGUAUAAGACUUUGGGCCAGUCAUUUAAGCCCUCUUGGCCUUUGAGGUAUUUUUUUAUUCUUACUACCUUAACAUUAGGGAGUUGCUUUAGAUGUUUCUAAGAUUCUUUCAGCUCCAGAAGUUUAGAAUUCAAUGCUAGAGGUCUAGAGAAUCUUUUGACCUGGAAUCCUCUACAGCCCACUAGUUGGGAUGGUAUUUUAACAGUCUCCUGUUAGUCAUGUUAAAACUUCUUGGAAAGUCUACUUCAAAUUGACAGAGAUAAUCUAAGGUUUGCCAUGCUCUGUGGACUUCUCAGCUAUUAUUGCAUUAUCUUCCUACUUGUGGGACAAACCCUUUUAUAGGUUUUUCUUUCUCUCUUUCUUCCCUCCCUCCCUCCCUCUCCCUCCCUCCUUCCUUCCUUCCCUCCCUCCCUCCCUUUUCUUCCUCUCCUCCUCCUCCUUUUCUUCUUCCUCCUCCUCUCCUCCUCUUCCUUCUCCUUCUUCUUCUUCUUUCUCUCUCUCUCUUUCUCUUUCUUUCUCUCUCUCUUUCUAUUCCUACUUUAGCUUCAGGUUUUUAUGAGUGGUUGGGGUUUUAAACUCUCAAGGCACAUUUAUCUAGAACUUCCAAUGUGUUUCAGUGCUUGCAUUCCUAGGUUACUGCUUCCCUUCUUGUUCAAUACAUGUAUGACACAUGACUUUGGGGUUUUUUCUAACAGCAUAUUGAUAUGCUUGAAGUGAUGAAAAAAUUACACUGUGGCUUGCUCACAAUAUGUACUUUAUGACUUCCUACACAUCACUUAAGAUUAGGUCUAGGAAUUUUACUUUUCUCACAAGCUCUUGAAGAAUCAAUUGAGCACGUAAUCAUUUAUCCUAGCCAAUUACUUAUCUCAUGCUUUCCAUUCCCAUAAAGGAUGUUAGGAAGUAUGUUUGAGUAACUUAAGUUCCUAAUUGUUGAGUAUCUGGCAUAAUUUUUCAAACUCCCCCAACUUUCAUGAUUAGAUCAUAUAACAUUUCUAUCCACAGAAUACUUUGUUUAUAUGAGAAGACUUUUACCACACUGCAGUUCAUCGCUCUCCAUGUAAAAUAUCCCUGUUUAUUUUGAAUCUGACAUGAGGAAGGGAGAGAGUAGACAGGGAAGGGAAAAUAAAUCUCAAUCACUUUGGCUGUGGAGACCUAACUAAGAGCCUGGAGGUGAACUUGGUUCAACUAAGAUCACAUAUGUGUUGUUACAUUUCCAAUCCAUUUCUGUUUUUUCUACUGUGACCCACAAAAUUUAUUCAAUUUGUACUUAAUUAAACUAAAAAGUUUCAGCACAGCAAAAGAAACAAUCAGCAGUGUAAACAGACAAUGCACAGAGUGGGAGAAAAUCUUCACAAUCUAUACAUCUGACAAAUGACUGAGAUCCAAAAUCUACAACGAACUCAAACAAAUUAGCAAGAAAAAAACAAACAGUCCCAUCAAAAAGUGGGCUAAGGACAUGAACAGACAAUUCUCAAAAGAAGCUAUACAAAUGUCUAACAAACAUAUGAAAAAAAAAUGCUCAACAUCACAAAUGAUCAGGGAAAUGUAAACCAAAACCACAAUGCAAAACCAUCUUACUCCUGCAAGACUGGCCAUAAUCAAAAAGUCGAAAAAUAAUAGAUGUUGGCAGGGAUGCAGUGAAAAGGGAACACUUCAGCACUACUGGUGGGAAUGUAAACUAGUACAGCCACUAUGAAAAACAGUGUGGACACUCCUUAAAGAGCUAAAAGUAGAACUACCAUUUGAUCCAGCAAUCCCACUGCUGGGUAUCUACCCGGAAGAAAAGAAGUCAUUGUACGAAAAAGAUACUUGCACAGACAUGCUUAUGGAAGCACAAUUCGCAAUUCCAAAAUCGGGGAACCAACCCAAAUGUCCACCAAUCAAUGAGUGGAUAAAGAAAUUGUGGUAUGGAAUACUAUUCAGCCAUAAAAAUGAAAUAAUGGCAUUUGCAGUAACCUGGGUGGAAUUGGAGACCAUUAUUCUAAGUGAAGUAACUCAGGAAUGGAAAACCAAACAUUGUAUGUUCUCACUCAUAAUUGGGAGCUAAGCUAUGAGAAUGCAAAGGUAUAUGAAUGAUGCAAUGGAUUCUGGGGACUUGGGGGAAAGGGUGGGAAGUGAGUGAGGAAUAAAAGACUACAAAUUGAGAACAGUACAGUGUAUACUGCUUAGGUGAUGGGUGCACCAAAAUCUCACAAAUUACCACUAAAAAACGUACUCAUGUAACCAAACACCACCCAUUCCCCAAAAAUCUAUGGAAAUAAGAAAUAAAGUGAAUUAAUCAUUUUUCAAAAAUCAAUUCAAGAUGGAUUAAAGACUUAAACGUUAGACCUAAAACCAUAAAAACCCUAGAAGAAAACCUAGGCAUUACCAUUCAGGACAUAGGCACGGGCAAGGACUUCAUGUCUAAAACACCAAAAGCAAUGGCAACAAAAGCCAAAAUUGACAAAUGGGAUCUAAUUAAACUAAAGAGCUUCUGCACAGCAAAAGAAACUACCAUCAGAGUGAAGAGGCAACCCACAAAAUGGGAGAAAAUUUUUGCAAACUACUCAUCUGACAAAGGGCUAAUAUCCAGAAUCUACAAUGAACUCAAACAAAUUUACAAGAAAAAAACAAACAACCCCAUCAAAAAGUGGGCGAAGGAUAUGAACAGACACUUCUCAAAAGAAGACAUUUAUGCAGCCAAAAAACACACGAAAAAAUGCUCAUCAUCACUGGCCAUCAGAGAAAUGCAAAUCAAAACCUCAAUGAGAUAUCAUCUCACACCAGUUAGAAUGGCAAUCAUUAAAAAGUCAGCAAACAACAGGUGCUGGAGAGGAUGUGGAGAAAUAGGAACACUUUUACACUGUUGGUGGGACUGUAAACUAGUUCAACCAUUGUGGAAGUCAAUGUGGCGAUUCCUCAGGGAUCUAGAACUAGAAAUACCAUUUGACCCCAGCCAUCCCAUUACUGGGUAUAUACCCAAAGGACUAUAAAUCAUGCUGCUAUAAAGACACAUGCACACGUAUGUUUAUUGUGGCACUAUUCACAA